AUGUACUGUGUGGCUGAUUUAUGUGUUGUACCAGUUGGAACAAAUUCUGUAAGUGGGUCUGACUUUGUUGCAAUUCUCCAGAAGAAAAUACACUCAAGUGGUUUGAAAAGUACCUUACAUAGUGCAGGUACCACAAUUGAAGGUAAUUGGGAUGAUGUCGUUACAUUAGUUGGUGAAUUACAUGAAUUUGGUCAUGAAAAUGGUUUUGUGAGAAUACAUUCGCAUCUUAGAUUAUCAACCAGAACAGACAAAGAACCCCAUAUAGGGGAUAAGGAUUAA